AACAGUUCCUCCCUCUUCUGAAAGAAAAAGUAAAAUCAUGGCCCCUGUCCCAGAAUCUGUAAACCCUAACCCUAAAACCCGCGACCAUGACGAUGAGUUGGGUUUGCGAGCUGUGAGGCUAGCAAACGCGGCCGCGUUUCCGAUGGUUUUCAAGGCGGCGAUCGAGCUCGGCGUCUUGGACACUCUCUGCAACGCCGCCGUCUCCGCGGUGGGUGAUGGGGCGUGGCUAUCACCUUCCCAGAUAGCGAGUGGGCUACCGACCGAGCCUCGCAACCCUCAGGCUCCGAUCUUGUUGGACCGUAUGCUCCGCCUGCUCGCCAGCUACUCCGUCGUGAAGUGCCGUGCAAGAAACCAUGGUGUCGGAAAGGAGGUCGAAAGAGUUUAUGCGGCCGAGCCUAUUUGCCGUUUCUUCUUGAUGAAGGCCGAUGAAGAUUUGGGGUCUCUUGCCUCUCAAGUCAUCGUGAAUCUCGACAGCGUCUUCCUCAAUACAUGGGUACAGUUGAAGGAUGUAGUGCUAGAAGGAGGAGACGCAUUCGGGCGUGCACAUGGAAAUGGCGUGAAGCUUUUCGAUUACAUGGACAAAGACAAGAGGUUUAGCAGUUUAUUCAACCGGGUCGGGUUUACUACGGCCGUCAUGAAGAAGGUUCUAGAAGUUUACAAGGGAUUUGAAGCCGCGAAUGUGGUGGUCGAUGUCGGAGGUGGAGUUGGCAUCACUCUUGGAGCCAUCACGGCAAAGUAUCCCAACAUCAGGGGUAUCAAUUUCGAUUUGAAAUGCGCCCUAGCCCACGCUUCUUCUUAUCCUGGAGUCGAGCAUGUGGCCGGAGACAUGUUCGUUGAUGUCCCAAAAGGGGAUAUCAUUGUCAUGAAGCGUAUUCUUCAUGACUGGACCGACGAAGACAGUGUGAAAAUCCUUAAGAACUGUUGGAAAGCACUGCCGGAAAACGGUAAAGUUAUGGUCAUAGAAAUCGUGGUUCCGGACAGCGGCGGCGAAGACCACGGAGCCUACUCGAACAUCGCGUUCGACAUGGACAUGCUGAUGUUCACGCAAUGUUCCGGAGGAAAGGAAAGGACGAAGGCCGAGUUCGAAGCUUUGGCCAUGGAGUCCGGUUUCGCCUGUUGCAGGUUCAUAUGCCGUGCCUACCAUUGUUGGGUUAUCGAGUUUUGUAAAGAAGCUUGAAAAUGCCAUAUAAUAUAAGUUGAAAGAAUGCUAUAUAAUAUAUAUGUGGGUUGUUUUUUUUUUCCUUUGUGGAAUGAAAUUAUGUUGUUGUUACCAUUACAAAAAAAAAAAAUUAUGUUGUUGUUGUUGUUGUCAUCCUUUUGUUAUUUGA